AUGACGCACUAUCGCCCCGUGCGACAAUCGGAAGAUGAAGGGCAAAGCUCCUGGUCACCUAGUCCUCAAGUUGAGCGCGCCCCAAGCAAUUUCACGAGAAUCAUAGCAAUGGUGCGCAAGUACGCCAGGUUCGUUGGUCCCGGUCUAAUGGUGUCGGUUUCGUACAUGGAUCCAGGUAAUUUUAGUACUGCAGUCGCUGCAGGGUCUGCACACCGCUACAAACUACUGUUCUCCGUACUGGUGGCCAACAUACUGGCGGCGUUCUUUCAAUGUCUUUGUGCUAAAUUGGGUGCGGUUACAGGGCUCGACCUUGCACAAAAUUGUAAGCGACACUUGCCUCCAAAUGUCAACAUUGUGCUUUAUGCUCUUGCAGAGAUGGCCAUUAUUGCCACAGACCUUGCAGAAGUGGUUGGUACGGCCAUCUCGCUUAAUAUUCUGUUCAAUAUCCCACUUGCGCUUGGUGUUGUGCUCACAGUGGUCGACGUUCUUGUGGUCCUGAUGGCAUACAAACCCAACGGAUCGCUAAAGUUGGUACGCUGGUUUGAGAUGUUUGUAUCCGUGCUUGUCCUGGGUACCGUGAUCUGUUUUGCCAUUGAAUUGUUCUCCGUCAGCAUUGACAACGUCGGUGACGUGUUCCAAGGAUUCUUACCCAGUAAAGCGGUCAUCGAAGGUGACGGGAUCUACCUGAGUUUGGCAAUUUUGGGUGCCACUGUCAUGCCCCACAGUUUGUAUCUAGGGUCUGGUGUCGUGCAACCUCGUCUCAGAAGUUACGACAUUAAAAACGGACACUACACCCCAAGCGAACGCGACGUCGAGUGCAACCACGACAACUACAAGCCUUCUUUAGAUGCAAUAAACGACACCAUGCAUUUUACCAUUGCCGAGCUUCUCGUUUCCCUAUUUACCGUGGCAUUGUUUGUGAAUUGUUCGAUUUUGAUCGUGGCAGGAUCCACUCUCUACGGCACUACUCAAGACAAUUCAUCCGCUGAUUUGUUUUCCAUCUACAAUCUUCUUUGCCAAACCCUAUCGAAGACCGCAGGUACCGUGUUUGUACUGGCGCUACUGUUCUCGGGACAGUCGGCGGGCAUUGUGUGCACUUUGAGUGGUCAGAUGAUCUCAGAAGGUUUCCUGAACUGGUCAAUCACGCCUACAUUGAGACGUGUCCUGACACGGGCAGUCGCCAUAACGCCAUGUCUGAUCCUGGUGCUGGUCGCAGGUAGAAAGGGACUUUCUGGAGCGUUGAACGCCUCACAAGUCGUGCUGUCGCUACUGUUGCCCUUCGUAUCUGCCCCGCUUUUGUACUUCACCAGUAGCAAGAAGAUUAUGCGCGUGGAGAAUUCCAACAAUUGCUACUACAACGCGCCCGACUCUGAAAUACCGUUACAAAACAUGGACCCUAGCCUACCGCAAGAUCGCCCAGAACCACAAUACACUGACAUGAGUAAUAGUCUUUUCACCACUAUAUGUGCGGUGCUUCUAUGGGUCUUUGUUUCUGGGUUAAACUUUUACCUCCUCAUAAGCUUUUCGCUAGGUCAAGACGUUCAUUUGUAG